UCCUAUCAAAGAUGGAGAAAACCGAAGGUUUGAAGCGCGAGAAUCGAAAAGAAAAGAAACAAAAAAAGAGGAAACAGGAAGACGUGGACUCCAAUCAGGAGGAAGAAGACUUGCUCGGUGAUUUUUGUAGUGAUGUUUCACCGGAUAUUUUAUCGGCCAUUCAAAGCAUUUGCACUUGCCUCGGGAUCGGUGGUCUCUAUAACGCAAAGAAAAGAAAAGUAGAAUCAAAAGGUGGUGUAUUGGAAACACUUAAGGAAGAAUGGAACCCCUCAGAUGAAAUCAAGGCACUGCCCUUCGAAAUGAAACAGAGAUAUGCGAAUAAAAUAUCAGAGGAAUCCUUCAAACUCUUAGCAUUGAUAAAAAAAAUUUCAUUUUUAUUCAAAAAUCUUCAUGAAGGGAGAAGUUAUAUGAAGGAUAUUACGAUGGAUGUCUUCCUCAAGGAUGUGAAAAUAAAGCCAUCCCUGGCUCCACCUGACCAGUACAUCAAAAUUGGCCUAUGGAGACAGGUUAUGCAGGUUAACCAACAGAUUUGCCAAGAAAUGGAACUACUAGACAAGAAAUUAGAAGAAAAUAUUUCCCAAGACAACUCGGAGGAGGAUGCUCCAAUCAAAUUUACAGAGAAAAUUGAAGACAAUGAACCUACCAUGAAUGAGAGCGAAGGGAAAACAAAGUCUUUCCGUGACUAUUAUAUGGAGAUGGCAACCUCCAGUUUUGGCGAUGAUUUGGAUCGGCUUCGACAGGAGGGAAGCUUGGAUUCAAGAAAAGUUGAAAUGCUAAUAAACUGCUUGGAAACUGGUAAGGACAUUUGGUCUGACUUGGAGAAAAAAUUGCUCCAGUUCACAUGAACACGCACAUGAAAAGUUAGGAUUGAACCGGAUUCUCUGGGAUCUGGCGGCCUUUAUACCAAAAAGGGAGGUCAAGUCGAGGCAAAACCGUCAUCAAUGGAGUUGUCUGUUUGUUCAAUUGUUGGUUGGUUUGUGUGUUUGUUUGUUUGAUAUCACAUUGGUUGUCAUAUCGAUCGACCAGAUCACUUAAAGCUGUAGCAGCAACAAACACAAGCCUGAGGGAGUGGGUGAAAGGAAACACUUAUCAAGACUUGGAUUACUGCUCGACUCGCGAUUCAGGACACGAAUUAAUUAUUAUCAUGAGAUCACUACAGCCUUGUUUGUAGUAUGUUUCAGGGAACAACAUUUACUGGGAAUGUUUUGAGGUUUAGUAACCGCUUUUGCAAGAUACUGUCAUUUGCAAGAUACUGCCUCGCGAUUAGCUCAAUGGAUAGAGCGCUGGACUGUUGUGCGGGAGGUCGAGGGUUCGAGCCCCGGCCGGACCAACA